UUGGACACAAAAUUUUUAAUAUCGAAAUAUAUAUAAUAAAAAAAAUAUUUGAUGUAUACUUUGUUUUAUUUGAUGUGUUUUUGUGACAUCAUAACUACUUGCUUCGAAAUGAUUUGACGAUUAGGGAAUAAAGUAAGGAAAUAAAAUCUUUUAUUUUAUACAUUUUUGCUCUUAAUGUUCAUUAAUUUUUUCUUGUGAUGGUUACGUUAAACCUGCAAUGUAAGAAGCACAUGAUAUAUCUAAUAACGAUAAUUAUACGAGUUACAUAAUCAUCAAUAAUUGUUUUUGCAUCGAAGACGACGUCAAUUUUUAUUGAAACGUAAAAACACAUUUCUUUAAAAUUAAAUUAAUAAAAAUUGAAUUUUGAUAGAAGCCGUGAUAUUUAAAAAUAUCGUUGUAUGUACGUAAAGCGACUAACACAUCUCGUGCAUCUAUAACUGAUACGACAUGUAUCAUCGUAAUAAUACUGGAGAAGCGGUUUUCCCCUUCCAUCGUUGGACUAUUUCACGAUUAAAUACGCAUGCGCUUCGCGUGCAUAUUUAGAACGUUCUCCGCCGUGUUCAAUGAAGCAUCUUGUUAGUCUGUAAUUUUGUUACAUCACGAUGGAUUUGUCAUUACUUCCGUCGCCCUUUGUGCUAUUGUUGAGUACUUUGAUCGUCAUUGGCGUUCUGAAAAUUAUCGCUCUGCUGCACCACAUAUUUUUUCACUGGAAAAAUAAGGGGCUUCCUUAUCUGCCAAAUUCUCUAUCAUCUCUUGUUAUAACAUGGAAAUUGUUUAUGCGGCACAUUACUCUCACCGAUUAUUACCAAUAUGUGUAUGACUACCUCCCAGAUGCUAAAUACAUCGGAAUAUUGGAUUUUUUUGGAACGCAUGCCGUGCUUCUGCGCGAUCCCGAGCUGUUUAAAGACAUCAUGGUGAAAAAUUUUGAACAUUUUCCGGAUCAUCGCAAGACCAUUGAUGAAAGUAUAGAACCGAUUUUUGCCAAGAACAUUUUUUUCUUGCGUGGAGAUUGUUGGAAAGAAGUAAGAAAUACCCUAAGCCCCUCUUUCACAGCCAGCAAAAUGAAGUUUAUGUUCGAUUUGCUAUUGAAAUGUUCUCAUGAUUUUGUCAACUAUUUGGUCGACCAUCCGGAACUCUGUCAUACAAUCGAAACGAAGGAGACCUUUAGACGAUACACCGCCGACGUAAUUGCCACGGCAGCCUUUGGUAUAAGUAUUAAUUCGAUGAAAGAUCGAGACAAUGAAUUUUAUAGAAGUGGAAUGGAAACCACCACAAUUUCUAUAGGAUUGUUAACGGUGAUCAAAUUCUUAUUUAUGAGCAUGUGUCCACGGCUUGCUGCAUCCAUUGGACUGACUUUUUUCCCGCCAGCUACGACCAAGUUUUUCAAGAGGAUCGUGGAGGAAACAAUUAAAGCGCGAGAAGAGCAAAAUAUCGUGAGACCGGAUAUGAUUCAUCUGAUGCAGUGUCGGGAUAAAGAAAAUGACAGUGUACACAAAACAACAUUGGACGACAUCGUUUCGCAAGCUUUUAUAUUUAUCGUAGCCGGUUUCGACUCCUCCUCGACCCUGAUGUGUUUCGUUGCUCACGAAUUGGCGGUUAAUCGAGAUAUUCAGGAACGUCUGCGCGAAGAAGUACAACAGCAUCUUGCCGAGGGAGACGGUGAAAUUUCUUACGAGUCGUUAUCGAAGAUGUCUUACAUGGACAUGGUGAUUUCCGAGGCUCUCAGAAAAUAUCCACCAGCGUUCACACUCGAUAGACUUUGCGCUAAGAGAUACGAACUGCCGCCGUCGCAACCAGGCCGCAAGAGUGUAAUCGUCGAACCUGGCGAUACAUUGUUAUUUCCCGUUCAUGCUAUACAUCGCGAUCCGAAGUAU